AUGGUUGAGCUAAACAGCACGACUGCCAUGCAGGAUCCAAGUGUCAUUGUUGGGGCUGCAUGCCGAGUUCCUGGCGCCACCAACCUACAUGAGCUCUGGGACCUGCUGGACGCGAAACGCGAUGUUCAGAGGAAGAUACCCUCUGAAAGAUAUAAUGCCGACGCAUUUUAUCACCCCGAAGGCGCCAAUAAAGGCACUCCCAUAGACCAAUUCGACGCUGCCUUUUUUAACAUCUCGGGCAAGGAGGCCGAGGCCAUGGACCCUCAGCAAAGAUUACUACUUGAAGUCGUGUACGAGGCCCUAGAAAAUGCGGGUAUAACCUUGAAAGAAAUUCGAGGUACGAGGACCGCAGUCUUUGCAGGCUCUUUUACGUACGAUUACCAGUCAAUGACAAAUCGUGACUUGGCCAACUACCCCAAGUACACAGUCACCGGGACUGACGCGAAUGCCAUCCUGGCGAACCGCAUCUCCUAUGUCUUUGACCUUCACGGGCCCAGUGUCCAGGUCGACACGGCAUGCUCUUCUUCCCUGACUGCCUUCCAUCUCGCCGUGCAGAGUCUACAGACGGGCGAGUCCGACAUGGCCAUCGUCUGCGGCACGGCGCUGCACUUCGACCCCACCAUAUUUAUCACCAUGGCCGAAUUCGGCAUGCUCUCUACGGACGGCCGGUGCCGACACCUCGACGCGAGCGGCUCCGGCUACGUCCGCGGCGACGGAGUCUGCGCCGUCGUGCUGAAGCGCCUGCGCGCCGCCGAGGCGAACGGCGACCGCAUCCGGGCCGUCAUCCGCGGCACCGGCACCAACCACGACGGCAUCAAGGAGGGCAUGACGCUGCCGAACGGCAAGGCGCAGGCAAGCUUGGUGCGAGGAGUGUAUGCGCGAGCGGGUCUGGAUCCCCGGGAUACCGGGUACUUUGAGGCCCACGGCACGGGCACGCAGGCCGGCGACCCACGCGAGGCGGGCUCCAUCGGCGAGGUGUUUGCGGCCGGGCGCGAGGAGCCGCUGUAUGUCGGCUCGAUUAAGACGAACAUCGGCCAUCUGGAAGGCGCAUCGGGUCUGGCCGGUGUGAUGAAAGCCAUGCUGAGCGUGGAGAGGGGCAAGAUUCUGCCCAACAUGCACUUCGACACGCCGAACCCAAAGAUUGACUUUGAUGCGUUGAAGAUUCGGGUGCCAACGAAAACGAUCGAAUGGAAGCCUGAGAAUGGAAUUCGCCGCGCGAGCAUCAACUCGUUUGGCUUUGGCGGAGCUAAUGCACACGUCGUGCUGGAGAACUACACAAACGUCAAGGUUCUGCUGGAAGAGGCGAGCAUCCAUCCUGCGCCCAAACGGCCUUUCCUUCUGCCGCUAUCUUCUCAUUCAGAAAAUGGCGGGAAGCUGCUUCAGCGGAGACUGGCCGAGUACAUUACCAAGAACCCCGACUCUCCCGUCCAGGACCUGGUGCACACGUACAGCACGCGACGCAGCCUGCAUCGCUUUCGAUCAUUCGCCGUCGGAAGCGAUCUGUGCACCAUGAGUGCCGCCGCGACAACCCCCAGCCCUCUGGCGACCUGGAAGCAGGCCGGAGAGUCUCCGAGACUUGGAUUCGUGUUCACCGGCCAGGGCGCUCAGUGGUUCGCCAUGGGGCGGCAGCUCAUCGAAGAGAGUCCCUUCUUCGCGAAUAUGCUGGCCGAGUGCGAAGCAGUGCUCGGCACCUUGCCGGACGCGCCCAGCUGGUCCAUCGUGGACGAGAUGACCAAGCCGGAAGGCGAUUCGCGGCUCUCGCAGAGCGAGUUCUCCCAGCCGCUGUGCACGGCGCUCCAGAUCGUGCUCGCUGACACGCUGCGGAACUGGGGUGUCGAGCCGGCCGCCGUGGUCGGCCACUCCUCGGGAGAGAUCGCCGCGGCCUAUUCAGCGGGCAUACUGAGUCGUCGGGACGCAAUUAUCUGCGCGUACUACCGUGGCUUGUACAUGUCCAAGGGCCGCCACGGCACGGUGGGCGCCAUGAUGGCCGUGGGCCUGACCGAGGCCGAGGCCGCCGCUGAGCUCGCCCCGUUCGCGGGCCGCGCGGGCAUCGCGGCGAUCAACAGCCCGUCCAGCAUCACGCUGAGUGGCGACAAAGACGCCAUCCUGGAGAUCAAGGAGAGGCUGGAUGAGAGGAAGGUGUUUGCGAGGCUGCUGCAAGUCGAGCAGGCGUUUCACUCGCACCACAUGCUGCCGCUGGCGCCGGGCUUCGAGCGGGCCCUGGAGUCGACGCCAGGGUUCGCGCCGAAGCCUGCGAAGAUCCGGAUGUUCUCAAGCGUCACCGGGCGCGACUCCACUGCGAGGGCUAUGGAUGGUACGUACUGGUCGGACAACAUGACUGGGAGGGUGCGGUUCUCGGAUGCCGUCACGGGGAUGGUGCUUGGCGAGGACGACCAGCUCGCGGUGGACGUCCUGGUGGAAAUCGGACCUCACCCUGCGCUCAAGGGGCCGACGAAGCAGACGGUCAAGUCGCUGGGGAUUGAGGCGGACAUCCCCUACAUUGGUUCCCUGGAUAGGAAGGUACCCGCAUACGAGAGUCUUCUCGCUUGCGCUGGUCAGCUGUUCUCGCUGGGCUACCCUGUGGACUUGGUCGCGGUUAACAGUGAGCACGUUCGCGGCGAGGACGACUCCAUCAAGAUGCAGGCUCUGGGGAGGUUGUUGGAAGACACGCCAACAUAUUCCUGGGACCACAAGUCUUUCUGGUCUGAGACCCGGUGGAACAGGGAAUACAGGCAGCGGCCCUACCGCCAUAGCAUCCUUGGAGCUCCCGUGCCCGGGACGCCGUCUAACAACCCGCGCUGGCGAAAUUACAUCCGUCUAUCAGAGCUCCCUUGGCUCCGAGACCAUUCCAUCGAUGGUAGCGUUCUGUUUCCGGCGGCGGCAUACUUUUCGCUUGGCAUCGAGGCCCUCGUUCGCACUAUUUCAGUUGAUAUGCCAUUCGACAUUGUGCUGUCGGGCGUCCAUAUCGAGGCUGCGCUGGCACUUCCCGAUACCGAGACCGGCGUCGAGAUCAUGGUUGACUUGCUUGAGUUCUACUCCUUUAGCGAGAGUGGCGUAACAUUACAGAACUGUUCCGGUCGGAUUGCCGCCGUCCCGCCAAAGAGUGGAAGCCCAGGACGCGAAUCUGCAGCGACCUUUGAAGACACGCAACUUCGAAUGUCAAGUCACGCACCUGCGGAAAAGUUUUACAACCGCCUUCAGUCCCUGGGUCUGCAGUAUGGAGAUGCAUUCAAGCUUGUUUGCGGCGCAUUUGAAAGUGGCCAAGGGACGGCUGUCGCGCAGCUUGAUUUUGACCCCCUCGGUGUUCGAACCGGCGGCGCUGAACUAGACGGCUGCGUUCUGCAUCCCACGUUUCUGGAUUCCAGCUUUCACGUCAUCCUCGCUGCCCUGGAGUCGAAAUCCGGGCGCUGUCUCGCGGACGCCCAUGUCGCGACGUCCUGCCAAUCGCUCCGCGUCUUCUCGUCGAUGCUUCCUAGAUGCAAGGACACCGCGGUGCGGAAGUACUGGGUGAAUGCAGACACAGACAUCACUAACCGGCGCGUGAGCUCCAGCACUCUCAGAAUUUGCGAUAUGGGCUCCGCGGAGCCUUUGGUUGAGCUGCAUGACGUCAAGUUCACCGCGCUCGGUUUAGCCGAUGUCCAAGACCAAACCGCGGAUGCCUUCUUCCGCAUGACAUGGAAACCCGCCUUCAACUUGUUGGGGUCCAACGAGAUGGAGCCCGAGUUCUCUGGCGUGGAUGAGCUGUUGGCUUGCUACAGCCACCAGUAUCCUGGCAACACCAUUCUCCGGCUGGACGAGGGUGCGGAGGUUGCCGAGAUUUCGGGCUCCUACGAUCUUUUAGUGAUUGGGAAAGGGUCUCAGCAGAAGGCUGGCGCACUGGCAAAGCCAGAAAGCUUUUAUGUCAUGGUGGGGUCUCAGCCGCCGGCAACAGAACUCGAGCUGAAGUGGAAGCAAGGGGAGCUGAGCAUCUGGCAGGCACCUGCCUCAGCGCCAGCACCUUCGGAGGUCACGAUUCUUCUUUCAUCUCGUCCAUCCGAAUCAUCUCUCAAACUUGCCAAAUCUAUCGAGGCAAGUCUUAAUGGAGUCAAGUUUUCCACAACAACCCUUGACAACUUGGGUGACGAUGUCAAUCCCGAAAGCUACAUUCUGUCGCUUGUCGAGUUGGAUGCGAACUUCAACGUAAUUCGCCCAGCGUCUGAAAACUGGGACAGACUACUCUGGUUUUUGUCUCGCGCGUCCGUGAACCUUGUGUGGCUACAGAAACGGGAUAUCUUAGGCAAUUCUAUCCUGCGCAACGUAUCGAGAGUGGCGCGCGCAGAGAACCCAGACCUCCAAUUGACCCUCCUCGCGGUGCCAGGCGACUAUGCCACCAAGCACGUCCAGGACUCAAUCAAACACGCAUUCAGCAUAUCCUUUGACGGCGAAGAGCUCGAAAUCCAAGACGGCUGCCUCUUGCUGCCUCGUAUCGGAGCAGACAACGAACUCAACGCCCGCUACUCGGGGAGCGCUUCCUUUGGCUCAUUCGCUGGUCAGGACGUGCGCCUGUCGCCAGACGUCUUCAGCUCCUCUUCUCUGAGCCCACCGUUUGAGGCCAAUGACGGGAUAAGGAAUCUAUCAAUUUCCCAGGAUGAGGUUGAAGUGGAAGUGGAAACGUCCAUGCUGCUCUCGCGCGCCGAUGCAAUUACCUCGUGCGUUGGUACCGUCACGCAGGAUGGCUCUUGUUCUGGAUUGCAGGCAGGACGAAAGGUUCUCGUGUUUGAAGAGAAUCAGGGUGCGCAUGCAUCUCGUCUGCGUGUCAAGGCGCAGCUCGCAUUCGCACUCGACGUCAAAUCUCUCUCGCGCGCCCUCCCGGUGGCUUCGCUUUUGCUUCAAACUGCAUAUGCUAUACAUGAGUUGGCCAGGGUCCAGAAAGGCGACAAGUGUCUCAUCUACGACGCCGCCACUCCGGCUGGUAAAAUGGCCAUUGCUCUGCUUCUCUCAAUUGGCUGUCAGUUUGUUGCGGUUGUUGGAAAAGAAUCCGACCGCAAGCAUCUGCUUGAGCAGUUCGAGCUGACUGGCGGUUCCGUCGUGGUGGGUUCUGGCCCCGACACCUACGAUUCCGUCUCAAGCCUGUCACAAGGAAAAGGCUGGCAAAUUGUGCUCAACUGUUCGGACAAUGGGAAGCCGAGUUCCGGCCUGAUAUCCUCUGACUGCAGUCAUGUGGUUAACCUGGGCAACGCAGCCCGCGGCCCUGGCCUAGUUCUGACCUACAGAUUGCUGAGCAGAGAUGCAUCCAGACUACGAGACCUUUUCAGCCAUGCCUGGAAGACUCUUGAGACAGGUGGCCAUACAUUCAACAGCCCUGUAGAAUUACUGAAAUUGCCAUACAGUCAGGCGGCAGAAGGCAUGCAAGCCCUACGAGCCAAAGCCGAGCUGCAGCAGGUGCGUCUCUACGCGGAUGACUCCCCAAUCAAAGUCGCAAGCUUUCCCAACACAAAAUCCAAACUCUUCGAUGCCACCAAGACCUACCUCCUGUCAGGAUCAUUUGGAGAUGCCGGGUGGACGCUGGCGCAGUGGCUCUUCCGCAAAGGCGCUCGUAAGCUCAGCGUCCUCUCGCAAGCCCCCUGCAUUCCACUUCCUCAACAGGCCAUCACUUGGCUCACGCAGCGUGGGGUUGACGUGACCGUUCACUCAAUCAACUGCCAUGAGGAGCUUUCCAUCAAAGAGUGGCUGCAGUCAGUGGAUGGCAGGAUUGGAGGAGUGUUACAGGGCUCACUAUCCGCCAAACCGCUGCCAUUGGGCCAGGUCAACUCUAAAGUGCUCCGAGCGACCGUACAGCCAUUUUUUGACGCUCUUCAAAUCAUUCACCGGGAGACAACUUCUCAUGCACUGGAGUUCUUCCUUUGCAUAACCUCUAAUGCCCCGAUCGUCGGCAUCUCCUCUGAAGCCGUGUUUUCCGUGGCGAAUGGAUACCUGAACGACUUUGUCUCAUGGCGGCGCCAGCAGGGCUUUCCGGCCGCAUCCCUCAAUAUCGGCCUUGUUGACAAUGUUAGCAUUUUGAGCGAAACUCAGUCAAUUAAGGAAGCCCUUGAAAAAGUUGGAGCUGGCGUGUUAAGCGAGGACCAGCUCUUCUUCCAGCUGGAGCAGGGACUCCUGGCACAGUAUCCCGACGGCGAAGCGGAUGGUACCUGCGAUCACAACAUUAUCAGCGGUGUUGACUUCUCGUCGCGCGAUGAGUUUUGGUCCUCCAAGCCUAUAUGCCGAAGGCUGUUCGAGUCUUCUUCAUCAUCUUCAGAACCCCCUGACGCCUCCAAAGACUUGCGAUCCUUGAUCCGCGAAGCGACCACUUCUCAAGACAAGGAGGGAGAGCUUGCUGGUGCCUUCGUCGACAAGAUUGCCGCUUCGCUCUCCAUAUCCGCCCCAGACAUAAACAUCGGCCUGCCCCUCUCUUCCUACGGCAUGGAUUCCCUCGCGGCAGUCGACUUUAGAAAGUGGUUCUCACAGGAGCUCGGUGUCAACCUGGCCUUGUUCGAAAUUCUCGGGUCGAGAACCAUUAGGUCCAUUGUCCAGAGGGUCUGCCAAGUAUUUGCGACGCAGGAGGAGGACAAGACGAAGAACACCCGGCCAGUCGAGAAGAAUGUCAAGGUCAACAAGGCAGCCACCGAAUCGACCGUGGAGCUCGUCUUGCCUUCUUCCAGACCUAAGAAUAUUCCACUUUCUUCCUUUCAGACACGGCAGUGGUUCAUGGAUACUGUCAUGGAGCGUCCCGGAGAUCUCACUUGCGGGUGGACUCUCUCUAUCCAGGGCGAACCGGAUCUCGCAGCCGUCAACGCAGCAUUCCAUGAGGUCGCGCGCCGCAAUGAAAUAUUCAGGACGCGCUACUUUGAAGGCGACGACAUGGUUGAGCAGGAAGUCAUCGCUUCCGUGUCGGCCAAUGUCGACUACGUUGAUCUCUCCACUGCUGCUAUUUUCCAGGGUGCAGAUGACAAGACAGUUCAGGAUCAGGUUUUCGAUCUCAUCGGCCAGCCUAUGGAUCUCGAAAAGGGCGAGGUGUACAAAUCCCGCCUUGUGAAACUCGGAGACCAGCGAUAUGCUUGGAUCUUUGCCACCCACCACAUUACCGUGGAUGGUGCCAGCCGUCAAUCGUUCAUGGAGCAGAUCGUCGCCUGCUACGACGAUGUCAGAACAGGCUCCGACUUCCGGAAGUCAGCGCCGAAGCUUUCGUAUGUCGACUUUACUCUCUGGCAUGAGGGCUAUCUCAAGUCAGACCAAGUUCAAGUGGACUUGGCAUGGUGGAAGAGUCGCUUGGUAGACGCACCGCGGGCCAGCAAGCUCUUGCCCUUUGCGCAGCACGGGGCGCGUGCAGAAAAAGCCAGCCACGAAAGAAGAGUCAUCCGAUCCAGCAUCAACAUGGCCAUUCUGAAGAGGAUGAAGCGAAUCUGCAGCAGUGUCAACGUCACUCCAUUCCACUUCAUUCUUGCCUCGCUCAGGGCCUUCAUCUUUCGCUACACUGCCGAGGAAGACUUCACCCUGCUCGUCAUCAACGGUGAGCGCCCUCAUCCCGCGUUUGAGGGCAUCAUCGGCUUCUUCGUCAACAUCAUUCCUCUUCUGUGGAAGGGCUCGUUUGAUGAUUCGUUCGAGUCGCUCCUGGCAGAAGCCAAGGCCUUGACCAUGGAGUCAAUGGCACACUCUCAGGCGCCGUUUGAUGCGAUUGUCGACGCUUUGGACCUGGGACAUAAUCCUGCGCACUUUCCCCUGGGCCAGAUCGCCUUGAACUACCAAAUGUAUGCCAAGUCCCCCACCUAUACAUCCGUCGACUUUAAGGUCCAGGACGUUCACGUCACCGACGUCCCCACGGCUUGUGAGCUGCAGUUGGAAGUCUUGGAGGAUCCCAAGACGGGACUCGGCUUUACCCUGGACUACGACUCCUACCUUUAUGGUGCCGCCGAUAUGGACCGCUUUUUGGAGAAUUUCAUAACAUUCAUCGGGAACGCGGUGCGUGACUUUAGGCAGCCUGUUGAAGAAAUCGAGAUGUGCGGCCCGAAAGAGAUGCAGUUCCUCCGGGAUGUGUGCUGGACCGAGGAGGAGAGCUCAGCCGAGUGGAUGGGUCACUCGCUCGUCGACCGCUGGGCGGACAGGGUUCGUCAACAGCCACUCUCGACUGCUAUUAAAACCUCAGAGGGCCAGUCUGUCACAUUCUCCGGGUUAGACAAGAGGGCAAGAGACGUUGCUCACCUGCUUCAAAUAUCUGGUGUAAAGUCCGGUGAUAGAGUCGGCGUGCUCUCCCACCCCUCUGUCGAUGUCAUGGCCUCCAUGCUGGGCAUAGCGAUGCUUCGAUGCGUCUACGUCCCUCUAGACCCUACCGCUGCGCAAGGGAGAUUAGAAUACAUGAUUAGCAACACUUCAGCGCCGCUGGUACUUCAUGGACCAGAGCUGGAUCUGCUGGUUGAAAAGCUCCAGCCCUCCACCCGGGCCAAGUUCGUUGCCAUGACUGACGCGGCACCUAGCGACGGCUUGGCCACUGCUGCAAUUGCGACUCAACACCCGGACGACGUUUGCUAUAUUGUCUUUACCUCUGGAAGCACGGGAAAGCCAAAGGGUGUCAUGGUAACCUUCGAGAACACUGAGGCAAUGCUCUGCGGGCGCCAGCAGAUUCACGGGCUGGGGGCCAAUGAUACGUUCCUGCAGCAGUCGUCGACAUCGUUCGACAUUUCGAUGGCGCAGACCUGGGGCAGUCUCACCUCCGGAGCAACGAUGGCCCUCGCCACCAAGGAGGCAAGGCAAGACGUCGACGAGCUUGCGGGCUUCAUCCGCGAUGCCGGCGCAACCAUGGUGUACAUGACACCCACGCAACUUGCCAUGGUUCUCGAAAACUGCACCGACAUUCUGAAGCAGUCUCGGAAAUUGAGAGCCGUCUCUCUCAUAGGAGAACAUCUACCUCCGCGGCUCGUGUCGGCAGUCUACGAUCUCGGCUUGCCGUCUUUGACUGUGUUCAACGAGUACGGGCCGUCCGAGAGUACAUCGCAGAACACGCUCUUCAAGGUGCCGUACCCGCAGCCCGGCCAGGCCACCGUCGACAUUGGCCGACCGAUUCCGAACAGCAGCACUUAUGUUCUCAAUUCCCGUGGCCGACCAGUUCCCGUCGGCGUCUCGGGUGAGCUGUGCGUUGGCGGGCCCCAGGUCAGCCUGGGUUAUCUCGGCCGCUCCAGUGAUGCGUUCCUGGACAACAGCUUCGUCUCCGGCGCCUUCAAGAACAAGGGCUGGGACCGACUUUACCGAACAGGCGACAUGGCCCGGUUCCGAUCGAACGGUAACAUUGACCUGCAGGGACGCAUCUCAGGCGACAAGCAAGUCAAGCUGCGCGGCCACCGCAUAGACCUCGAAGAAAUCGAGGCCGAGAUUCGACGUGUCGCAGCGGAGGACUCGACUAUGAGUGUGGUCACGGGCGCCAUCUUGCUCGCGCGAACCUUGGCCGAGGCCCCAGCUGCAGGCAUGACAGACGAUCGUCAACUGGUGGCGUUCCUGACAACCAGAUCGGAACUUGGGCGGGCCGAAAGUCAGAAAAUCGCGACCAGGCUUCACGUCGAGUUGAGUAAUACACUGAACAAGUACAUGAUCCCGGCUUGCUACCAGCUCCUGGCAGCGUUUCCGAUGACUGUCAGUGGAAAGAUUGACCGGGUUGGCUUGAGCAACAUGACCCUGGACCCGGUCUUUCACGUUGAAGCGGCCAGCCUCCAGGCCGAGCAGCAACAAGAAGUCGCUAAGCUUCAAGCUUCUGGGCCAGUUGAAACCAUUAAGAGUCUCUUUUCUAGCAUCCUCAAACUUCCCAGCCAAAAGGUCGUCCUAGACACGGACAACUUCUUUGAACUCGGCGGCCAGAGCGUGCUGGCUCUUCGCCUGCAGAAAGCGCUGAAGAAGGAGCUGGGCGUCAAGGUCAAGCUCGUCGACAUUUUCCGCAGUCCGACGCCUUCCGGCCUUGUUCAGAAACUGGGUCUCGAGCCCAGCGUUGGCUGCCCGGUGGCGGCGACUCAGCCCAGGGUAGAGCUCGACUUCGACGCGGAAAUCGCACUUCCGAAUGACGCUCGAUACCUGCCCAACCCUGCACUUGGGGAGAAGCACCAGCCAAACGGACAUGCACAACGGGGAAUUCUCAUUCUAGGCGCGGACGGCUAUAUUGGUUAUUACAUGCUCAAGUUCCUGCUCGCCAUCCAUCGCGACGCCAAGGUCUACCUCGUGGGCCUCGGUGAUCGGUUCAAUCUAGGCGAUCUCUUCUCGGCCUUUACCGAACACGAAAUGUUCGACGACAGAGUGAGUCAGACGGAUCUGCUCACGCGAGCAGAAAUUGUCCAAGGCACAAUGGGCAAGGCCAAGUUUGGUCUCGCCGACGACGAAUUCGCCAAGCUCGGUCGCAUCGUAGACGCCAUCUACCACACGGGCGGAUUCGUCUCCCUCCUCGCCACCUAUCAAGAGCUGCGCGCCCGUAACGUGGACAGCGUCCGGGACAUGAUCGAACUGGCCUCCCACGGCCGGUCGACGGCGCUGCACUACAUCUCCACCUGGAGCGUCGUCCACAUGCAGACCUGGCGCGGCACCACCACCACGACGCCGUCGCAGGACGACUCCGAGGUGUGGCUCGACGAGCGGAGCGUCGCCUCCUUCCGCCCGCCGGCUACCAACGACCACGGCUACUUCAAGACGCGCUGGGUCGCUGAGAUGCUGCUGGAGGAGGCGGGUCGGCGCGGCUUCCUCGCGACUGUAUACCGGUGCCCGGCGCACACGGCGCCGACCGCAGGCCGGUGCGCCACGCCCGCGGAUAACUUUACCGUCAACAUGUGUGUGCGGAUGGCAGAGACGGGUCUCGUCCUUCAGACGCCGAAGCGCGCGGACGGCCUAGAGAGCGACAUGGGUAUGGUCCCGAUCGACUACCUCACCGACACGCUGGUCCGGCUUGCCGACGUAGCAGCGCCGGGGGAUGUGACGCUCCGGCUGCACAUUACCAAUCCCAGCCCGCUGCCGUACUCGCGCGUGCCGGAGCUGGUCGGGUGGCUGCACGGUGGCGCGGUGGAGGGCAGGAUGCUGGAGCCGGACGCGUGGUUCGAGGCCAUCACGGCUGUGAGCGACGAGAGCGUGAAUCUGGAGCUGGCGAUGUACAAGGAGUACUUGGAUAAGGGGCACGUCAUGUUCGCGAUCGAGGACGGCAGAACGAGGAAGCUAUUGGACGGAAUCUCCGAGCAGCCAGGGCGCGUGCGGUGCGACGCGGUGGACUUGGGGUACUUGAAGAGCCUGCUGAGACAGGAGCAGGGGAGACGGAGGCUGUAG